GAUGUUUCUCCACCCCUGCCUCAAAAUCUCAAAAAUUCUAUCAACAACGUCUUUGCACUCCAGCUGUAUUUUAUUUUGUAAGUUAUUUCUAUAUUUUCUAAGUGAAGCCGCAUGAUCGCCGCUUCCGGAGGCCACUACGCACGCAAUGAACAUACCAGGAGAUCAUGAGAUGACGCCCUUGGCGGUGGUCCAUGAGUUCAUCCGGGGCGUGGACGAUGGCAGCGUGCGCCGGGACCUGGCCGAGGACUGCAUCCUCAACUUCUACAGCCGCAAUGUGCGCGGCGCCAAGGAAAUAAGCGGAUUCCUGCGGACCCAGGUGACCAGACGCUACAAGCACGAGGCAUUCGACGAGGCAGCGUGUCCCAGUGUUGGCGACGAGGUGCUCCUGCAGGAGCGCUUCGGCAGAGCCUUCGAUCGGGAGCGGCGACGCAUCUACGAGCAGAAGGAGCGCGACAGGACCACCACCACCCUGCAUCUGCGUGCCGAGAGCGACGACGAGUCGGCGUCCCAAGCCUUUCCCAUGUCCCUGAUCACGCCCCCUCGGCCCUCGAGCUAUCCCAUGGACAGCCUGAAAUACGUGGAGGCCGUGGGACGGUUGCGAAAGCGGGAGAACUGCUACGGCGGCAUGGAUCUGGGCGAUUGCUCCGCCGUCCACCUCACCCUGGGCUAUCGUGCCACCCAAUUGCCCGGCAGCCGAGUGCGCGGCAUAGAGAUCUGCCUGGCCGUCUACGAUCGGGGUCUCAGGGGCUCCCUCAACAGAUCCAGUCUGGAGGCUCCGCCCACUGCUAUAUCCAUUCAGAGACGCGGCAAUGCCCGCCAUAAUCCAAGCACGGACGACGAGGCCGACGAUGCCUUGUCGCCGCCAACCACUCGGCGAGGCGUGCGCCGCACUUUGUUCACAGAGGAGAACGCCGAGGAGGAGGAGGCACCCGAUCCCACGCCCAUUUCCGAGGCCGUUGGAGCAGAGCUGGAGCAGCAGCAGCACCACCACCAGCAGCACCACCACCAGGCACCUCGGCAGGCAGAGGCGCCACCUCAGGAGGAGGCCAAUGUGGCCGUGAACUCGCCCAGAUCAUCGGAAGUCCCGUCUUCCAGCAGCGACAACAGCAUCACGAGCAGCUACACACCAAGGAAACGCCAGCAGCCAUCCCAUGGCAACGAAGUGGCACCCAAACGCACGCCCGGACCGCGGCGCAUGCGUUUCUAGGCCCCGAGUCUAGCGAAGAGCGAUCCCCGAGACAGUUUUAGUACCUAGUUGCUUUCCAAAUCUCUGUAGCACAAUUCUCUUUUUAGGCUUUAACCGACACCCCACAAAUUUCCGUAGUUAUUCGAAGAAGACUGAUUGCACCCGUUUUGGUCCCGCUCGCAGGGACUGGCGUCGCGCUAGGCUAAUCCUGAAUAUGUAUUGUAUUUACAUAACUCCCUGUAUUUAUUUGUGUAUUAAAGUUCAAUGUUGAUAAA